AGUCUAUAUGGGAUAGUAUUAUUAAGGUUUCAAUGAUAACAGGACACAAUGCUUCUACUAUUAAAGCUAUAUAUUAAGUUUAUAAAAAACAGGGUCGGAUAAAUAAGAAGGUUAAAAGGGAUAAGGUUUUGAAUUAAACAUUUCAAUUUAUGUUAUUUGUAGUUGAUGAUCCGUAUAAAUAUAUAUCAUCUAGGCAUUCAAACCUGACAAAAAUAAGCGUGGAGUAACAUGAAUUCUAAAAGUUAAUUGCAGAAGAACAGCAUAUGAAUUUAUCAAAUAGCCAAGAAUAAGCCAUAACAAGAAUAUUAGAAUAAAAUAAACUUAAAAUCAUGAACCUUCUGGAUAAUGCAUCAGCACUAGAUACAUUUAAUUAAGAAAUGAAUCUGAUUUCUUCUUAGGAUCACCCCAGUCAGUAAUUCUCUACUUUAAACCUUUCAUGUUUUCGUUGUAAAGAAAAGAAUUAGCCCACUUUUUUAAUAAGCAAGAAUAAGCAAUUUUUGACAGACCUUAUCUCAGAAAAUCAAGAAGAUGUUGAAGAUGAUGAAAAAAAUAAGUUUAGAAUUCUGAAAACACUUAAUGAAUAAUAUAGAUAAAUGAAAAUGUGA